AUCCACCCAUUUUCACUUCCGUGUUCGAGUCGCACACUGUACACCUCGAUAGUACACAUUCAUUGUAUGUCUACUGUCAUUUGGCCGACGAGCUUAAAUAAGGCGUGGUCGAGUAUAGUGCUAAAAUGUCGCUUGGUCCUAGUUUUAAAAGUCCCACAGGGACCCCGGCCGUUAUCAUUGACAAUGGUACAGGCUACACAAAGAUGGGGUAUGCUGGUAAUACAGAACCACAGUGGAUUAUCCCGUCAGCAAUUGGUGUGAAAGAGUCUGCCACUGUGGGUGACCGGUCAAUCCAGAGGCUAGGAAAGGGGGUGGAAGACCUGGAUUUCUACAUUGGGGAUGAAGCUCUCAGCACUCCUUCAUAUUCUGUGAAGUGGCCUAUUAGACAUGGUGUUGUCGAGGACUGGGAUCUGAUGGAGAGAUUCAUGGAACAGGCAAUCUUCAAAUAUCUACGGUCAGAACCAGAAGAUCAUUUCUUCCUCCUUACGGAACCACCACUCAACACUCCAGAAAACAGAGAAUAUACAGCAGAAAUUAUGUUUGAGUCUUUCAAUGUGCCCGGUUUAUAUAUAGCAGUACAGGCUGUGUUAGCUCUAGCUGCAUCUUGGACGUCUCGACAAGUAGGCGAGAGAACAUUAACAGGAACUGUGAUUGACUCUGGAGAUGGUGUUACACACGUUAUACCAGUGGCAGAAGGCUACGUCAUUGGAAGCUGCAUCAAACACAUCCCUAUUGCUGGACGGGACAUCACAUACUUUAUACAACAACUGUUGAGAGAAAGAGAAGUGGGGAUACCGCCAGAACAAUCCUUAGAAACGGCAAAAGCAAUAAAGGAGAAAUAUUCUUACGUUUGUCCAGACAUUGCUAAAGAGUUUGCGAAAUAUGACAAAGAUCCCAGCAAAUGGAUGAAACGACACGAAAGCAUCAACAGCAUCACAAAGCAGAUAUUUGGUGUGGAUGUGGGCUAUGAAAGGUUCCUUGGACCAGAAAUCUUCUUCCAUCCAGAGUUUUCCAAUCCCGAUUUCAUUACACCUAUCUCAGAGGUAGUUGACACAGUGAUCCAGCACUGCCCAAUAGAUGUUCGGAGGGGUUUGUAUAAGAAUAUUGUACUUUCUGGAGGCUCAACGAUGUUCAAAGACUUUGGUAAAAAGUUACAACGAGACGUGAAGCGAGUUGUGGACCACAGAUUAAAACUUAGCGAGGAACUAAGUGGAGGGCGGAUAAAGCCCAAACCAAUCAAUGUAAAUGUGGUGACGCACCAUAUGCAGAGAUAUGCAGUAUGGUUUGGUGGAAGUAUGUUAGCCUCAACUCCUGAAUUUUACCAAGUGUGCCACACAAAAGCCGAUUAUGAUGAAUACGGCCCCAGCAUAUGCAGACAUAACCCUGUUUUUGGUACCAUGUCCUAACCAUAUCUGCCUCCUAGGAACAAAUUGAAUACAACUCAUAGACUACAACACUUCGUAUACAGACCAGGACUAAGGAAUUGUUGGUGAAUCCUAAAACAAAAUCCGAUGGCCAUUUUCACUACUGCUGUUGUUGCUGCUGCGAGUUGAUAGACUUUGCAGAGAAUCUUGAACAUAACAAAAAUCAUGAUGCCUAUUAAUGGUAUUAAAAAUAUUUCAACUAAAUUGUUCAAUUGUUGAAUUAUGCCUUGUGGGAAAAAAAUGUUAAAUGUUUUAAAACAUGAAAUAUGUCCGAUAAGUAUGCAUUUUAGAUAUUGUUUAAGACAUAUGUAAAACGUACUGGAAAUUCAGGCUAUUCCGUGGUAUAGUUUGGAUUCUGAAAACAUGAAAUGAUCUUAUCAAAGUUGAGAUAUUAUAAAAUAUUGUGUUCAGUUUAGGGUUUCAAUUGAAUUUCAUUUAGGUUACAAUUAUUUAGUAUCCAUAGAAAUUCUGGAUGUCCAGUGUUACGUGCUGGCCUUUGAAGUUGGAACUUUGCUCACAAAGAAGAAUUCUAUAAAGCAUUGUAUUGUCAUAGCAUGUUAUGGUGCAUUAUGAUGGGUACACAUUGAUCCAGAUCGUACCACUCUCAAAAUAAAUCUUCAAACAACUUGUUAGAAUUAACAAAAAUGUUUUUCCUAAACUCAACCAUGUUUUUUCAUAGUUAAGGGUACUCCAGCCACCUUACAGGUUUCCACAGCUAGAUAAAUUUGACAAAUGUCUCGUGGUUGGCAUGAAAUAUUGAUUAAGAAGAGCUAUUGUAUGCAUGGCUUAUCGGCAGGUGUAGGAUAUUUUGUCAGGUCAAAACUGUCAUGACUAACAGGGCUUCCAUUGACCCUAACCUUAAGGGAUUUCAGAAUUUAAGUCCAGAAAUCUAAAUGGUAAAACAUUUUCAAGUAAAUGUGUACCUUCCAACCUAAAUAAAUGUGUACCUUCCAACCUGAGUCAAACUUCAUUUUGGGAGAGAAAAACACACCACAUAAGGGUCUCCUGGAAGCCUUGACAAAUCUGUGAUUAUAUUUGGUGCAUUUUUUCACUACUUAACAUAGUCUUACUUCAAUACAAUUUGUAACCUCUGUGAUCAUGCUGAUGUAAAUUUUCAGUUAAUAGAACAAGAAGUGUUUAUCUUUUCAAGACUUUACAAAUUUGUAGAAUAAGGACACCUCAAAUUCUGAUAUGAUUUGUCCAUUAACAAAUUCCUUUUAGAUAAAUUAACAAAAAGAAAAGUUUUCUAUCAUUAUGAUUUUGAUGUGAUGGUGAUACUGUUUAGAUUUAUUUUAUCCUUAGCCAAAAAUAGUAAAAUGUACUUUUGCAUUAUUUCUGAUAAAGAUAGAAGUAUUAAUUAUAGGUUUUCUUUAAAUUACAUGUACUUAUAUUUACAGAUAAAUAUUUAAUGUGAAAAUUGAGUCUUUUAAACAAUAAUGAUGAUUGUUUGAAAAUGGUUUGAAGAACUUAGCAAUCAUAUGCUGUGUUUUAGGUAUCUUUUUUGCUUUGAUUAAUUACUAGAGGCACAAAUCAACAGCUUGAAUAUCGUGUGUUAACAUGUAAUAAUUGCUGUAGUAUGUACCAAGUUUGAUAUGUUUCAAGUACUAGUGGAUGGAAAGUGUUGUAGUAUACACAUUUCCCAAAUUACGACAUUCCAAAUUUUAGUGCCAUUGGGAAAUAAGAUAGUGCUGUUUAAUCCGAGUUGUCAGUCCUUUGAUAGAAAAGUAGGAUUUAUUGUAUAACAGGACUGAUGUAUUUAAAAUAGGAGAUCCCAUGUAAGAGGGAAAGAUUGGAUUCUUGUCAAAGACAAACUUGAGUAUUGUUAUAUGACAAUACUGGCCCCAGUUUCAUCAACAUUUUCCUUGGGAAGCAUUUUAGUAUUGGAAUUACUAAAAGGAACUUUCCUUAAACUCAUAUAAUGCUUUCCUAUGAAAAAUCUUGAGGAAUUCCUUUAAGUUUGGGAAUGUUGGUGAAAAUAGGGUCUUACUACUUUAUAUGGGCUGGUUCCCAUUUCAGUUCAAACUUCUGACAAAUUAAAUGAAUUAUCCACGACAAAGGGACAUUGAAUGUGGAAAAUUUUUCAAAGACGUAUAUUUUUCUGUUUUAAAUUUGUUCUUUGCUAUCAGGUAGUUGUUUAUAAGUCUUAUGUUGCAUUCAGUCUCAUGAGGAAUCCGUUAAAGUAUUUGAGGUAGAUCAUACAAAGGAGGACAUAUCUUUGUAACCAUCAUUUAAUAUACCACAAGAUUUCUAUCUUAAAAAUUAUAUUAUUUUAUUUCAUAUCAUAUUUAUGUUUAGCAUUAUAUUUUUUUAGCACAAAAACUCCAUUGUAAUUAUGCUGUUAAAUUUACCCACUACGAUGUCCUAGUAUAUAAAAAAGGAUGGCUUAUUAUAUUUGUGAUGUCGUAUGACGUCCUGUAAGAAUUCCGAUAGGAUCUAUAAAUAGAGAAGAAUAAUUUCAAUACUGUAUUGCAAAAAUCAAUUUUUGCAUAAAAUCCUAGAUUAUGUGAUUAAAACAUCUUCGAAUUGUUAUUUUUGGCUUGAGAUUGUUGAAUUUCACCUAGAAAUUGUCAUUUUAUGUAGCUUUGUUCACAAAAAUGUCAUUUUUCAUUUACAGUGGCCCUGUGCACUAAAAUGAAAACUUCCAAAAUAACAAAUUAACGAUGAUGAAUGGUAUUGAGAAGUGUAACAACUAUAUAUUUCUUCUUCUGCCUUUAUUUAACAUUUUGGAGAAGUUAGGAUGGUCUUGUUAAGAAAGGAUUGUUUGUAAUAUUGUGACAUUGAGAAAAAUGAAACGGUCUUCACAUUUCCUAUGACUAGAGUAUAGACUUUACACAAGGUGAAUGUGCAAGUUUGUUCAUCAAUAUUUGUUAUCAAAGCCUCUGUGUUUUUGCUUAUAUAAUUACAAAUAUGAAUCUUUAAUAAGUUCAUCUUCAUAAUCCCGAUGGGUUUAUCUCCAUCAAAGUUGCCAAGUCAUGUCAACAAUUCAUAAAUAAAUAAUGUAAUAAACAUCUAAAACGUGAACCAACCUUGCGUGUGCAUAGUUACAUCCCAAGAUGAUAAACAGAUGUUUUUUUUUUCCGCUGCCAAUUCAUGGUGUUUUUUUUUGACUCUGUAAGACAUGGAUGUGAUUUUACUCAAUCCUUAUCUUUGCCUUAAUGGCAGCAACCAGUACGCCUGGUCUACUUUUGGCUUCUGAAGACUUCCGACAUAUUUUUGUUAUUUUGUCCUAAUUUAUAUGUUACAAAAAACAUAGAGGCUUUAAACAGACUCGGUGUGAAAUGUAAAUGAUAUAGGUUAUCUUGUAUUGCUCGGAAUGAAGUGAGGAUACAUUUUAAUUAUUGGUCUGGAUCCCACAGAAAAAUUAAGUGUCAAUUAUCAAAAAUUGUUUUUGUUCUCUUGAAAAGGUGGUGUUUCCAAAAUGGAGUUCUGUGACCUUGAUAACAUUGUUUAAAAAAAAUUCAAAUACACAAAGGUGAUGAUAAAAAGUUCCAUGUUGGAAGUUUUCUACCAUAGUAAUAUAUAACAAAAUAUGACAUUGGUGUGCUGUUAAUUUAUACUGUAUUAAUUCUCCUGUAAAUUUUUUUUCACUACUAUUUUUUAAGUUUCAGUACAUAGUGACAUAUUUCUAAUUAAAAAAAAAAUAGAUAAUUUAUUUGAACUUUUUCUUUUCCUCCAUGUUCUUUUUCCAAAUGUAAAAAUAGAAAUCGGAUGCAAAUAUGUCAAUUUGUUUUAAGAUAGUACUUGUUAAUGUAUCACCUCUUUUCUGAAACAAAUAUGAAAAGGAAUUAUUAAUGUACAGUGUAUAAUAUUAAUAUAUAUGGACUUAAAAAACGUUUUGUUUUUGUUACACUAAGUGUUGCGAAUAAGCCAACUUUUAACACACAAGGUGGGGAAUUCUGCUAAUAUUAACAUCAUAUUAAAACUAGGAUACAUGUAUCGGACAACUGGAAGAUUGUAUAGUGUACAAACUACAUUGGUAAUAUUUGAUACAAAAUGAUAUGUAAAUAAAUAAAUGAUAAUAAA